AUGGGGAGAGCAGUGGAACUUUCUGGGUGCACCUGGUGCAUCUAUACCAGGUGCACCAUAAUUUCUCUCUCCUUUUGCUUUGCCAAAUCGAUAACUCGACAAAUUUCUAGGGUUCUGGCGACGCCCGGGCGAUGCGAAGAGGCUCCUUCUCCGGCGAUCGCCGGCCGGAGCGGCCCUUCCGGCUGCCUCAGCCGCCGCGGCGUCCCAACCCCUCUACCCUCCUCCUCCUCCUCCUCUUCCUCCUCCAAUCUCGAAACCCUAAUCUCCUCCUCCCCCUCCGCCCCAUCGGACUACUCCAUCCACCCCUCCGGCCCCAUCGCCGCCACCCUCCUCUUCUCGCGGCGGAGCGACGCCACCGACGCCGCAGUCCACCUCUGGGCCCGCCGCCUCGACGGCGCCCACGCCCUCACCCCGAAGCUCCAGCCCUCCGCCGCCGCGUCGGAUGACGCCGACGAGCGCGACCGCCUAAAGGCCCUCUUCGCCCGCCACGUCGCCGGCCUCCUCGAGUGCGGCGCUGUGCGGCGGUGCGAGGAGAAGUUGCGGCGCGCGGCGGGGGAGGUCAACAAGGUAACAAAGCUGCUGCAGCGGCCGAAGGGCAUUCAGCUCCACACUCAGCUGAAGGAGGAGAAGAAGAGGCUUGAGGCAGAGAGGGAGCAGCUGGAAGGGAGGUUGGCGGAAUUCCGGGCUGCCAUGGAGUGCAUUCUUGCUCGCCUCCACGGGAAUUGCGGUGGGGCGAUUGCAGAGAAGCCAGGCGAGGCAGCGAGAAUUGAGGUUUUUGAGCUCGGGAGCGAGCUGGAUUGGGGCCAGAUUCAUGGGCUUAUGGUGAGGGAGUGUCGGCGGCUCGAGGACGGAUUGCCGAUAUAUGCUUCCAGAAGGAAAAUUCUGAACCACAUUUUCAAUGAUCAGGUUAUGGUCUUAGUUGGGGAGACUGGCUCCGGAAAGAGCACACAGUUGGUCCAAUUUCUUACUGAUUCAGUACUAGCUUCUGAUGGAUCAAUUGUCUGUACCCAGCCGCGCAAAAUAGCGGCCAUCUCUUUGGCUCAGCGAGUUGCCGAGGAAAGCAAUGGGUGCUAUCCAGAUAACUUUGUUGUGUCUUAUCCGACCUACUCAUCUUCUCAAGAGUUCAAUUCCCGGGUAAUAUUUAUGACCGACAGCUGUCUCCUCCAACAUUGCAUGAAUGGUAUGGGCUUGAGUGGAAUCUCAUAUGUCAUUGUAGAUGAAGCACAUGAGAGAAGCUUGAAUACCGAUCUCCUCCUUGCAUUGAUUAAGAGGAAACUACUUGAGAGGUCAGAUCUGCGGCUCAUUAUAAUGUCUGCCACAGCUGAUGCAAGCAAACUGGCAAAUUACUUUUUUGACUGCGCUACCUUUUCUUUAACCGGUAGAAGCUUUCCUGUUGAAGUAAAGUAUUUUCCUAGUGUAUCUUCUGAACCUUUCUCUAAUACCAUCUCCAAGUCUUUAUGCAGUAAUUUUGCUUCGUAUGUUAGUGAGGUUGUAAAGAUGGUGGCCAGAAUACACAAGACAGAGGAAGAUGGAGCUAUCCUUGCAUUUUUGACUUCUCAGAUGGAAGUUGAAUGGGCUUGUGAAAAUUUUAAUGAUCCUUCUGCAGUGGUACUCCCAAUGCAUGGCAAGCUCUCCUGUGUGGAGCAAAGCCGUGUGUUUAAGAAUUAUCCAGGAAAAAGGAAAGUUAUUUUCUGCACUAAUGUAGCGGAGACUUCUCUGACCAUCUCUGGUGUGAAGUAUGUGGUUGACUCUGGCAUGGUCAAAGAAAGCCGAUUUGAACCUGGUAAUGGCAUGAACGUGCUUAAGGUCAACUGGAUCACCCAAAGUUCUGCCAAACAACGAGCUGGCCGGGCAGGACGAACUGAACCGGGCAAGUGUUACAGGCUUUACUCAGAAAAUGAUUUUGAUUCAAUGGAAAAGCACCAGGAACCUGAAAUUCGCAAAGUUCAUCUUGGAACUGCUGUUUUGAGAAUUCUCGCCUUGGGUGUAAAAAAUGUACAUGAAUUUGAGUUUGUUGACGCUCCAAGUACAAAGGCAAUUGACACGGCUAUAAAGAACCUUGUCUAUUUAGGUGCUGUUGUGCACCAAGAUGAUGGGUUUGAAUUAACUGAUACGGGUCGAUAUUUGGUUAAAUUGGGUAUUGAACCCCGGCUUGGAAAAAUCAUUCUCGAUAGCUUCAGCUUUGGGCUGAGAAAAGAAGGCCUAGUACUGGCUGCUGUAAUGGCGAAUGCUAACAGCAUAUUCUGUCGGGUUGGUAGCAAUGAGGAGAAGUAUAAAGCCGACUGCCUGCGGGUCCCGUUCUGCCACCGCAAUGGUGACCUUUUCACUUUGCUCUCUGUCUACAAAAAAUGGGAGGAAAUAAAUGAGAGUAGAAAUAAAUGGUGUUGGGAGAAUAGCAUUAAUGCCAAGUCCAUGAGGAGAUGCCAUGAGACUGUAACGGAACUUGAGAAUUGUCUUCAACAUGAACUCAAUGUUAUCGUUCCGAGUUAUUGGUUAUGGGAUCUGGUUGAACCCACUUUGCAUGAUAAAUCAUUGAGGAGGAUUAUACUUGCGUCUCUUUCAGAGAAUAUUGCUAUGUAUUCUGGAUAUGAUAGACUUGGUUAUCAAGUGGCUUUGACCGGUCAAAAUGUGCAACUGCAUCCAUCGAGUUCACUACUCAUAUACGGCGAGAAGCCAAAUUGGGUUGUUUUUGCAGAUAUCUUAUCUAUACCUAAUGAAUACUUGGUUUGUGUUACUGCAGUCAAUUUUGACGAUUUGUGUACGAUUCAACCUCCUAUGUUUGACGUUCAACUGAUGGUGAGCCGUAAGCUGCAGAUGAAGGUGAUUGGUGGGGUUGGCAACUGCUUGCUUAGAAGAUUGUGUGGUAAAUCGAAUCAGAACCUACAUAGAAUCAUUUCACAUAUCCAAAAUGCUUUCACGGAUGACCGUAUUAGUAUUGACAUAGACUUUGUCAGCAGUGAGAUUCAGAUAUUUGCUACAGAAAACGAUGUGGAAAAGGUCUCUUUCAUUCUAACUGAAGCUUUGGAAUGUGAAGCUAAAUGGUUAAGGGACGAGUGUCACGAAAAAUGCUUAUUUCCGGGGAGACCUGGUACUUCCCCUGCUGUCGCUCUGUUCGGAUCUGGUGCUGAAAUUAAGCACCUGGAGCUUGAAAAGCAUUUUCUAACAGUGGAGAUUAGCCAUCAAAAUGCACGUGAGUUAGAUGAUAAGGAGCUUCUUUCAAUGGUCGACCAAUGUGUGUCUGGUGUUGCUAACUAUCAUAAGUUUGCUGGGAUUGGGGCUGAGGGAAUAGACACCAGUAAAUGGGGCAAAAUCACAUUUCUUAGCCCCCAAUUUGCAGCAAAUGCUGUUGACUUACUGAAUGCGGUUGAAUUUCAUGGUUCCGCCUUGAAAGUGCUUCCGGUAAGUGCUUUUGAUCAUAAAGCACUACCAUUUCCAGCAGUGCGAGCCAAAGUUAGUUGGCUGCGUAGACCCAGCAAGGGACUUGCUCUCAUUACGUGUGCCCAUGGGGAGGCAGGAUUCAUAUCUAGGGACUGCCGAGACUUGAGAAUUGGCCAGAGAAUUAUCAAUUGUGAAGUCAGCACGAAGUAUGAGAAUUGUGUAUUUGUGACGGGACUUCCACAAGAAAUCGCCGAAACAGAAUUGUAUAACAUUUUCCGUGCUGCAACAAAGAGGAGAAUUCUCAACAUACAUGUGUUGAGGGGGGUCGCGGUCGAUAAACCCAUAAUCGCUAGCUGCAGAGUAGCCCUCAUGAAAGAAAUUUCUGCUUUCAUGCCUAACAAGAAUUUCCCUGACCAAAAUUUCCGGGUUGAAGUGUUGGAUCCUGGAGUGAAGGACUCAAUGAUGAAAGCUAUUAUUACGUUUGAUGGUAGUCUACAUUUGGAGGCUGCAAAGGCUUUGGAUCACAUUGAAGGGAAAGUGCUUCCUGGUUGUCAGCCGUGGCAAAUCAUCCACUGCCAACAUGUAUUCCAUAGCUCUCUUUCUUGUCCUUCUCGUGUCUAUUUUGUCAUCAGAGAGCAACUGGAGUCUUUGCUUGAGGACUUCCGAUGCCAAAAUGGUGUUUCAUAUAAUCUGGAAAGGAACGAAAAUGGCUCCUUUCGGGUAAAACUUUCCGCGAAUGCCACAAAAACCAUUGCGGAUUUGAGGAAACCUCUUGAGCAGCUUAUGAAAGGCAAGACCAUAGCCCAUCCCAACCUUACUCCAACUAUUCUGCAGUUACUCUUAUCCCGAGAUGGUAUUAUCCUUCUGAAAGCCGUGGAACGAGAGACUGGAACUUACAUUUUCUAUGAUCGUCAGAACCUCAAUGUCAAAAUUUUUGGUCCUCAGACAAAAUUGGCUGUUGCUGAGGAGAAAUUGGUCCAUUCGCUUCUAUCCCUCCACGAGACGAAGCAACUUGAAAUCCGCCUCCGCGGCCGCACCCUCCCGCCGGACUUAAUGAAAGAGGUGGUUAAAAGGUUUGGGUCGGAUCUUAACGGGUUGAAGGAGAAGGUGCCCGAAGUGGAACUCACUCUCAAUACCCGGCGGCAUAUCUUAUACGUUCGAGGGGACAAGGACCUUAAGCAAAAUGUGCAAGAGUUAAUUGCGGAAGUGGCCCUCUCUAUUGAUCGAAGUGGCAUAGUCGAAUCCCCACCGGAAAACUCAUGCCCAAUUUGCUUGUGUGAGCUCGAAGAGCCCUACAAGCUUGAAGCGUGCGGGCACAUCUUCUGCAGGGCCUGUUUAGUAGAGCAAUGCGAAUCGGCCAUCAGAACACGAGACGGUUUCCCGCUAUGCUGCACUAAGGAAGGUUGCAAGAAGCUCAUCUUUUUUGUUGACCUGAGAUCGCUUUUAUCUACCGACAAGUUAGACGAGCUCUUCAGGGCAUCUCUAGGUGCAUUCGUCGCAUCAAGCGGGGGGACCUAUCGAUUCUGCCCCUCUCCCGAUUGCCCCUUGGUGUACCGUGUCACCCCCCGGGAUGGGGGGCCGGAAGCUUGGGGGCCACCGUUUGUGUGUGAGGCAUGCAGGGUGGAGACGUGCACGAAGUGCCACCUGGAGUACCAUCCUUUUAUGUCGUGUGAGAAGUACAAGGAGUACAAGGAGGACCCAGACGCGUCACUUCUCGAGUGGCGAAAGGGGAAGGAGAAUGUGAAGGAUUGUCCGGCGUGCAAGUAUACGAUCGAGAAGAGGGACGGAUGCAACCACAUUGAAUGCCGGUGCGGGCGGCACAUCUGCUGGGUGUGCCUGGAGUUCUUUCAAACCAGUGACGACUGCUACUCCCAUCUCAGGUCUGUGCACCAAUCCUACUGAGUUUACUAUUAAUCGACAUUUUCGUUGUAAAUAUGUAGUUAUGAUGUUGAUCGUAUAUACAUAUGUGCAUAGUAUAGUAGCCAAUGUUACCAAUUGACUCUUGGGUUCUCUGCUGCGUUCUCUUUGUGCAUAUCAAGAACUCAGGCUUGAGAAGUAUAA